UCGAGGCUGCCCGGGAGCUGGCGAGGGGCCCCAGCGCCUUCAUUCCCCUGGGAGAGGUCCCGCAGGAAGGAGGGGAGAGCAGCCUGCGCCAGCUCCUCGAGGCCUUCGUCUCAGCAGGUAGGGUGGACCACGUCGCCCUGGUCAUGGGGCUGCACCCCCAGUACCUCAGCAGCUUCUGGAAGACCCAGUACCUCCUGCUGCGCAUGGACGGGCCCCUGCCCUACCACAAGCGCCACUACAUCGCCAUCAUGGCAGCAGCCCGGCACCGCUGCUCCUACCUGGUGGGGUUGCACAUGGGGGAGUUCCUGCAGGUGGGGGGCAACCCUGCAUGGCUGCAGGGGCUGCACUGUGCCCCCCAAAAACUCCGGAACCUCAAUGAGGUCAACAAGCUGCUGGCGCACCGGCCCUGGCUCAUCACCAAGGAGCACAUCGAGGCUCUGCUGAAGCCGGGGCAGGACAGCUGGUCGCUGGCAGAGCUGGUGCAGGCGCUGGUGCUCCUCACCCACUACCACUCGCUCGCAUCCUUUGUCUUCGGCUGCGGCAUCAAGCCCGAGGAGGAGCAGGACGUGGGGAGCAGCUGCUGGGCCCCCUCACCCCACAGCAACAGCAGCCCUGCCUCUGGUGACACCAUGGGGGGCUCUGGGGGCACAGAUGCCAUGCAGGAGGUGCAGGUGCUGAUGGAAAGGAUGAAGCUGCUGCAGGAAAACCAGCUGGAGGAGGAAGGAGUCACACAGGAGGAGAUGGCGACACGCUUUGAGCUGGAGAAGACAGAGAGUUUGCUGGUCCCCUCCUCAGAUAUUUUGGAUCCCUCCCUGCAGUCCAACAUCCGCUGCUUCCUGGAGGACCCUGAAUUCGGAUACAAGGACUUCACCCGGAGGGGGGAGCAGGCGCCUCCCACCUUCCGUGCACAGGAUUACACCUGGGAGGACCACGGCUUCUCGCUGAUCAACCGCCUGUACCCAGAGGUGGGGCAGCUCCUGGAUGAGAAGUUCCAGGUGGUUUACAACCUGACCUACAACACCAUGGCCAUGCACUGUGGCGUGGACACGUCCGUGCUGCGCCGAGCCAUCUGGAACUACGUCCACUGCGUCUUCGGCAUCCGCUACGAUGACUACGACUACGGGGAGGUGAACCAGCUCCUGGAGCGCAACUUAAAGGUCUACAUCAAGACAGUGGCUUGCUACCCAGAGAGGACGACCAAGCAGAUCUACGCACAGUUCUGGAGGCACUUCAAGCACUCCGAGAAGGUUCACAUCAACCUGCUCCUGCUGGAGGCGCGCAUGCAGGCGGCUCUGCUCUACGCCCUCAGGGCCGUCACCCGCUACAUGACCUGA